UGCGACUGCGACUGCGACUGCGACUGCGACUGCGACUUGCGACUUGCGACUUGCGACUUGCACGCAGCAACCCGAGGCCACCCUGGCUGCACCGUGAACGCGAUCCCUCGAGACCAUGGGCCAGGUCGCCAGCAGAACAGGCGAGGGCGAGACGCUGUACCUGCGCGACCAGACUCGCUUCUCGGUCGCCGCCUGCAGCAUCGCCAACGCGCGCGGUCGCACGAUCCUGAACGUCACGCCGAAUGCGUUCCCCGCGGCGCGAUACAGCCCGAAAAGAGAGCUUGGGGACGAGAGCGUGAUCGAGUACAUCCAGGAUCCAGAUGCCUCACCGAACGCUGACGGACCGCCAUCCUUCCUGUUACGCUUACCGAACGACGAAGACCUCACGUUCAACUUCACAUUCAUACUCCGCCAGCAACUGGCGGUGCCUUCCAAUUACAGCCCCAACAGCGCGCCGAGUCACGCUACCACCGCUGGUCUCAUUGAUACAUUUAUCAAUGGCUUGACCUUUGUGUUUGCCUCGAGUUCUAGAGAGCUCGAUAACCUGGUCACGCGCGAGUUUCAUGCCAACCCUAACCUCCACAAGAACCCGCAGGUCGAGCUUGUCGGGGACUACACUACAGGCGGGAGCUCCUCAGUUUCGUUUCAGUGGGCUUGGAAGUUCACUCCUCCCAAGACCAACGAGUGUCGCGGUGGGGGUUGGCGCACCAGCUGCAGUUUUGUAGAGUACGACCAACGCGCGCAUAGAUUGGAGACCUUAGCCAACUUUGCUUUCUGGAUCCAAAACACCACAAGGUCUCUUCAAAGUCCUAAGACCACAACACCGAGACUGGAGCUGGGUCUACCUCCAAGACUACGCGUGCCCUCGGCACAAUCGAUAGAUUCACGUGUCAGCGACUCAGUAGAGGAGAAUCGGGAAUGGGAUAACAUACCUCCAAGAUCCCCCAUUUUUGAGGCAAUACCUGAGAAUGGCCUCAGUCUUGUGUCGACGCAGACUACAGCGCUCACAAGCGCUUCGGUCAAAGUCGAUGUUCUGCGCCCGGGUGAGGAUCUCAGUCAAACUGACGAUGGGCCUUUAUUUCGCGCGACUAUGAAAUCCCUAGAGCAAAAGACUGGAAACAUGCGCAUGCGGUGGAAAAAAGUCCUCAAAAGGGCAGAGUCCGCUAUGGAAGCGCAGGUGAACUGCAACAAUGCCAUGUCAGACCUCAUGGACGCUCUAAAGGAAGUCUCUUCUUCAAACGCUGGUGCUGUACAACCCGCAAUCGACCAUUAUUUCGACAAAAUCGCCAAGGACAUCCUCGCGUACGAACGAUCGAAUGCCACCAACGUCCAAAAGCUUAUCAUUGACCCGAUAUAUAAGCUGUACAAUGUUGACAUCAAAAAAGCGGAGACCAAGCGCAAAGACUUCGAAGAGGAAAGCAAGGACUAUUACCAGUACCUCGGAAGAUAUCUCGGACAACGACAAGACUCCUUGAAAGAGAAGAAACGGGCAGAAACAGAUUCAAAGUACCAAGACAAGAAGCGAAAAUUCGAGCUGAAGCGGUUCGACUACUCAUCAUUCAUGCAAGACCUCCAUGGUGGUCGCAAAGACCAGGAUGUCUUGUCGCAUCUGACGCGAUAUGCGGACACACAAGCCAACAACUUCCUUUCCACAGCGAAAAUAAUCGAGACCAUGCUGCCUCAGCUUGAGGCUCUAAGCCAGGAAGUCCGGGAAGCAGACAAAGAGUUCCAGUUACAGCGGACAGGAAGAGAAGAGAAAAGGAGGCAGUUGGAGAAAGACAGUAAAUCUUUUGACGCACCGCCUUCACAACAAGCACCUGCAACGACAACUGCUAAUGGAGGUGCGCCUAGAGCCCCAUCGAGCGCAGAUGGAGAACUUCCUGGUCGUAAAUCGAGUAUAGCGCCUGUAUUUCAGAGCACAGUCAGUCCGCCUCCAGUUCCAACUCCAACAGGUAGCUCUUAUAUGAGCUCCCCACAAAGUCCGGAGGCAAGCAAAGCGGUCCUGGUUGCUGUGACUCCUCAGCCAGACAAGUUUAAGGGCAUAAGAGAUUUGGAGGAGCGGGCUUGUAUAAGCGAGCUCACGCCUGGUGCUCAUCGCAAGGAAGGUCUGCUGUGGGCGCUCAGUAGGCCAGGUAGUCACGUCGAUCCCAAGGGCUUAAACAAGCAGGCCUGGCACAAAUUUUGGAUUGUGCUAGAUCAGGGCAGACUAUCGGAGUACACAAAUUGGAAGCAGAGCCUGGAACUACACAUGGAUCCGAUAGACCUGCGCAUGGCAUCAGUUCGCGAGGCACGCAAUGCAGAUCGAAGGUUCUGCUUUGAGGUCAUCACCCCUCAGUUUACACGUGUCUACCAGGCCACAAAUGAGGAUGAUCUGAGGUCGUGGAUAUCUGCUGUAAACAAUGCCUUACAGACCGCAGUGGAGUCCACAGGGAAGAAAGAUCGUCCAUCGACGGAGUCUCUACCGGGCCAGACUCGUCGAGACAUCGCAUCUGUGUUGACAGGAAAGAGCCCUUCUCUAUCCAGCAAAGGUAACAACUACGGCCCUAGAGCACCAUCUCGGCACGCCACAGUAGGGGACAAACCUGGAUACAGGCGCGAGGAACCUGCAGGUGAUGAUGGCAAGCUGCUUAAACAGGUGCGAGAAGCCGACGCUGGGAACAGAAUGUGCGCGGACUGCGGCUCUGAAAGUAAGGCCGACUGGGUAUCCAUUAACCUGGGUAUUGUGAUCUGCAUUGAAUGCAGCGGUAUUCACCGUUCGUUGGGUACACACAUCACCAAAGUGCGGUCCUUGACACUCGAUGUGAACUCGUUCACGCCCGAUAUUAUCGAGCUACUUCUCAAGAUUGGCAAUCGCGUCAGCAACAUGAUCUGGGAAGCAAAACUGGACUUUUCCAUCAAACCGGGGCCCAUGUCAACAAGAGAGCAGAGGCUACGUUUCAUUACCGCCAAGUACUCGGAACGAGCAUAUGUCUCUCCCAUCUCGUCUACUGUCUCACAUUACGGAACGGCCGACGAAACAUUGCUUGCCUCAGUCAAGAAGAACGACAUACAGAAUGUCUUAUACGCACUUGCAUUGCGGGCAAAUCCCAACUCUCGAGACAGGUCCCGAGGGACACAUGCUGUGUUCUUAGCCCUCGCAGCCGCCGACCCUGCUUCACCCUCUGCAUCUGCAUCACCUGCAACUUCACCUGGUCGAGAUGCACGGCCUUCGACACCUCAGCCAAUCCGCAAGCCUUUCCCUGUAGCAGAGCUGUUGCUUCAGAAUGGUGCAGAUUUACCGAUUACGGCGGCACCCAUUCCCCUUAGCUUGUCCGCACGCCAAUACCUCGAUUUCAAAGCGGAUCAGAAGACCGGGAAGCGCGCAAUACCUGUAAUGCCCGGGGGGCAACCAAACCCUAGUGGUGACGUACUACCCGCCCUACCACACAUCACAGCCGGCAAUGGUAGUACCCCUUCCGAACGAGCACGUGAGCGAGAGGCACGGCUUCAGAAACGCGUUUCUGCUAGUGGAAGGUUGGUGAAGAACACAUUUCAAGAUUUCACUGAAGGUAAGCGCGGCUCUUAAGCUGGCUGACGCUUACUCGUUUCGUUUGCUUCUAGUUUAUACCUGCCCUGGGUGGCUUGCGGAAUUUCUCGAUGGG